GGAAUGGCACGCCCGAGUGCCAGGACAGGAGAGAAUCUGUGCUCGUUACUUUCCUUCUACCCAGAUACAGAACCGCACAUCAGCUUUUCCACAAAAGAAAAGUUUCCAAGGUACCACCCAUACUUGGAAAAAGCCAGGUUGAAAUACCAUUCAAGUCAAACUUUCUUGAUAUUACUCUAUCUUUCCCCAAGAGGGCUGCACUACAACAAAUUCGGACACCUGUGGCCUCCUCCUUCAAAGCAAAAAGACAGCAACAACCCCGAGCUGAUAAGAUUAAUCUAAAGAGUAAAUUAUGGUGUAAUUUCCUAUGCUGAUACUUUGUAGUUAAUUUUAAAAAAAGGUUUCAUUUUCCUAUUGGUCUGAUUUCACAGGAACAUUUCACCUGUUUCUGUGAGGCAUACGUUUCUCCUGGAAGAGGCGCGCUGAUUGGCCCCAACCUGGGGUAAUGAAAAUUUCCAAUGUAAACUCAUUUUCCCUCGGUUUCAGCAAUUUUAACUCUAUAUAUAGAGAUAUCAUUGUCAGAAUUGCAUUGGUAGCUUCUCCUGGUAAACUAAUUGUCACACAGUGUCGUUACAAAUAGAGAGCUAUUAAUGGGUCUCACCUCCCAGCUGAUUCCAGCUCUGGUCUGCUUACUAGCAUGUACCAGCAACUUCAUCCAUGGACGCAAGUACAACAUCACCUUAGAAGAGAUCAUCAAAACGCUGAACAUCCUCACAGCGAAAAAGGAUUCAUUGUGCAUGGAGCUGACUGUAGCGGACGUCUUGGCUGCCCCGAAGAACACAACUGAGAAGGAAACCUUCUGCAGGGCUGCAGUGGUGCUUCGGCAAGUCUACAGACACCACAAAUGCUCGACAAAAUCAUCCCUGAGAAAACUGGACAAGAACCUCAGCAGCAUGGCCAACAAGACCUCCUGUCCCGUGCACGAAGACAAGAAGAGCACCCUGAAAGACUUCUUGGAAAGGUUAAGGAGGGUCAUGCAAGAGAAAUACUCAAAGAGUUGAAGCUGAAUAUUUUAAUUUAUGGGUUUUUAAUAGCUUUAUUUUAAAAAUAUUUAUAUAUUUAUAACUCAUCAUAAAAUAAAGUAUAUGUAGAAUCUGACAGCAUGAUUUCACUUUCCUAGCACUGGCGCCUUACUUGACAACAUUUGGGGAAACCAAGUUCAUUUACUGAGAAACUAGUAUGGAAGUCAAAAAGGAAAGAUUGCUUUCCUCUCUCUAGCUGGGGAAUAAUGCACAAAAUGAUUAAAGAAUACAAGCCCACAUAAGACGUAAGUGAUGAGAGCGAGCUUGCAGAGCGGGUCUGUAGGUCCUGCUGACUACCAAAUAAUUCUGAAUGGAAAAGGUGUCCACUGGGUGCUUAGAACACGUUUCGCUCAUUGACACAGGGUUGUUAUAUUGAGACUAUAGGGAAAAAAGUAAUUCUAGCACAUACUACAGGGCUCUGCAGUGAAUCAAAUUUAAAGUCCUAAUAACGUAAAUUCUCUUGAUUCUCAAGUCUUAGAACCAACAAACAAAGCACAGAAGAAUUAUGAUUACAGAACAGACUGUAAAUGCUACCAACCUGACAAUAUUAAAGGCUUAGCUAAAAAUGGUUGAGAGGUAAAAGCAGAGAGAAAGAAGGAGAGGUGGGGACCUAAUAUCCCCAGCUCACUCAGCAAGAGGGCCCAUUAAGCAAUACUGUCUAAGGUUGAUGGAAUGAGAGCAAGAGAUUUAAGUAUUUAUUCAAAAUUGCAAAGGUAAUAAAAGAUCUAAGAAUAAUUUACUAUAAAACAUUUGGAAGGGGUAAAUUAAUGAGGCAAACCCUCACUUUCCAAUAGGGAAAUCAACACACAAUAUCUAAAGUUGAUAAAUCAAAAAAUAGUUGGUAAGAGUGGUCAUGAGUUGAUUGUGGUAGCUGGGGGUGGGUACACAGGGGUUGAUUGUACUAUUCCACUUUUACACACGUUUGAAAGUUUUUAUAAUAAAAAGUAGAAAAAACCAAGAGUGAGGGAAUCAAGAGAUUUUUGAUAUUAUGAUGGUAGCCACCAGAAAAAUUAAAAACAAAAAGGGAAGGAGGGUUGCUGGGAACGGGACUUUCAUAAGGAGGGGUGAAAGCAACAUAAGGAGGCUGUUGGCUUUCCAUUUUAAAUCUGUGUGUGGCCAUGCACACAAAUGAUAAAAUGUUUUUAAAAAUUAAAAAACUAAAAUUAAAAAGACAGAUGAUCACAAAUGUUGACGAAGAUGUAGAAAAACUGGAAUUCUCAGACAUUGUUGGUGUGAUUGGAAAAUGGUACAGGCACUUUGGGAAACUACAGCAGCUCCUCAAAAGGCUAAACAUAAUUACCACAGUACCCCACAAUUCCAAUCCUGGGUGUAUAUCCAAGAGAACUGAAAACGUGUCCACACAAAAAGCUCUACACAAAUGUUCAUAGCAGAAUUACUCAUAACAGCAAAAAAGCAGAAACAACCCAACUGCCAAUCAACCAAUGAA